CCCGAGGGCUCGACUCCUACGUUAAAUCCCUCCCACUGGGCGGCCGGCUCCAGUUUCAGCAGAGCGAGCGUGAGAACAGGUCCUGCUCCCGCGCCGGCAGCCACAGCCACGGCUCCGACCGACCCGCCUCCGCUCCUGGGCCCCACAUGAGCACGGCGGCCUCGCCGCCCGCAGCCCGUGGAGCCGGCGUCCAGUCAGCGCGCUGGGAGAGCAGAGCACAGCAGAGGAGCAGCCGCGCCGCGUUUCCCGCGUUUCCCUAAAACCACACCUGGUGGCAGGAGCAGGCGGGCGGGAGGCCGGAGCAGAGGGAACAUGAGCCUCGUCAAAGAGCGGAAACCCAAGAAGCCGCACUACAUCCCCAGGCCCCCGGGAAAGCCCUUCAAGUACAAGUGCUUCCAGUGCCCCUUUACCUGCAACGAAAAGUCACACCUCUUCAACCACAUGAAGUACGGUCUCUGCAAGAACUCCAUCACGCUCGUGUCUGAGCAAGACCGCGUCCCCAAGUGCCCCAAGCCGAGCCCCUCGGACCCCAGGCCGAGCCAUCCACCCGAGCCCACGGGGAAGCCCACCGCCUCCAAGCCCGCCCCGAGUGGGCUCGCACACCUGGAGGCCAAGCUCCAGCACGGCCUCGCCAAGGACGACGCCAAGGAGAACCUGGACCUGCACGCGCGGGGACCGCACAGGUGCCCCGGACAGAAGCCCGCCCUCCACAAGGAGGCGGCGGCUCGCAGCCCAGCUCCCGAGAGCGCGCCGGGCGCCCAGCCCGUCCUGGAAGGCGCGGCCCGGCCUUCAGCCUUCGUCCCCGUCGGGGAGCACAGGCUCAAAGGGCAGGAGCUCGCCGAGGCGCCCGCCGUGCCGGCCCCACCGCCGCCCCCCACCACCAAAGCCGCCUCCUUCCACACCAAGUCGGCCUUCCACGCCCCCGGCUACCCGUGGAAAGCCGGCGGGCCGCUCCUGCCCGCAGAGUUUCCCCAUAAGCUCCCGCCCGCAAAGGGCUUCGGUGCCACUGCCCCGUAUGCACAUCCCGCCAUCCCGGAGUACCCGCCCCACUUCUACACAGAGCACGGACUGGCCACCAUCUACUCGCCCUACCUGCUCGCCGGGCACGCGGCCGAGUGCGACGGCCCGCUGCUGCCCGUCUACGGGGCCCAGGACCAAAGACACUUCCUGCCCCACCCGGGGCCGAUCCCCAAGCACCUGAGCCCGGCGCCGCCCACCUACGACCACUACAGGUUCCUGCAGCAGUACCACGCCGGCCUGCCCCUGCCCUACGGGUUCUACCGACCUGAGUCUGCCUUCUCCUCCUACGGCCUCAGACUCCCCCCGGUCGCCGGAAUUUCCAGAGACCAGGGCGCGCACCUCCUGGAAGAAGCCGCCCUGGGCUACCCGGCCUCGAGUCCGUCCAAGUCCCACAGAGAACCCACAGAGCUGGAGAGAGGGAGGCCGACGCCCCAGGCGAGGGAUCCUUCCAAGGAUGAGCAGAGGGACACAGAAGGGACCAAGAUGAGUCCGCGCGCGGGCAGCGCGGCCACGGGCUCCCCGGGAAGGCCCAGCCCCACCAACUUCACGCAGACAAGCCAGCCCUGCCCCCCGGGAGGGCUCCACCCGCCGGAGCAAAGCCUCAUGGGCUGCAAGCCCAUCCAGAAAAGCCUGGAGGGCCCACAUCCCCAGGAGCCAGAAAACAGAGACGCAUCCCCACACAGCCUCGAGGCCGUGAACGCGGCCACCCUGGCGCCUGCGCCCCCCGGCCCGGAGGACGGCCCCCGCACGGCCCCGCUGAACCUCUCGAAGAAACAAGAAGCCGAACCUGCAGCCGAGCACGCCACUGCGUACGGAGGCUUCGCGGAGCCGCAGGAGGUGCCCCUCAACCUCUCGGUGAAGGACCCCUGCAACGCCCGGCCCUCUGCCCACAGCCCCCCGAGACGGGCCGAGGCCGCUGCCCCCGCCCCCGCCCCUGCCCCGAGGCAGCCCGACCCCAGUGGCUCCACCGAGGCCGGGGACGCGCGCACAACUGACAGCGACGAGCAGAAGCAGACGGCGGCCGUGGCCCUCUGCCAGCUGGCGGCCUACAGCCCAGGGAAGGUCUGCAGGGGCGAGGGCGAGCCUGAGGCCCGGGAGCCCGCGGCCCGGGAGCCGGCCCCCCGCAACCCCGAGAGCCGGGAGGCUCAGUGCGACCUCAGACCCAAAGGGCCCAAGAGGACGAGCCCCAGGGAUGCAGGCAAGUCCCAGCAGGGAACCAAGAAGGCGAAGCCCGGCGACACGGCCAGGGUGUUCACGCUCCGGAGAAGAACACGGGUGUCCUAGAGCCGCCAGCAGGCGCUGCGGAGGGCACCGCGGCCGCGGCCGCAGACCCCCGCCUGCCCCCCUGUCUCGCCUGGUCGAUUUUCACAACAGCUCUCUUCUCCAAAAAGAGAAAAAAUUUAAAUAAAGCUGCACCUCUAUUCAGUUGUGUAAAUACUAAGCGUGAACAUUAAAAUUGAUGCUUCUACUCCCCGUUCUAGCCCGGAACCAGGACCUGAGGAGUUAAUCGUAUUAUAAACUGCCCUAUAAGCUGUCAGAGGGAACAGAAGGACCAAAAGGGAACUUUUAGGUUAGCGACUUACGAGGAAAGCACUUGGCUUAUAAACACCUCAGCACUGGAGGAAACGAUUUCAACUGUUCUAGUAAAUCUACUGCGUUUUGAUUUACUGGGGAAGUGCCAGGAAAAGACAUUUCCAGAACUGGCACUGAGGUGCUGUGUGUAAAAACGCUGUGAUUUCUUAGGACUGAAUAAUACACCGACAACAAGAGGCUAUUUAUACAAGUAAUUUAUUUCCAGUGGGCAGAAAGCAAUGCCAGUGAAACGACUCUCACUCUGCUCCAUCGCUUCACCGUGUUUCAGGGCGUUUUCUGACCCAUUCAGCCUCAUUUUCCAUUCCCUAAAAUGAUGCACGUGUUGCUAAUUUUCCAAUAAACUCACAUGUAAACUUUAAAGACACAUUAAAAGAAGACAAACAGGAA